AUGGACCACAGCCUGAAGAAUGUGCUGGUGGUUUCCUUUGGGUUCCUCCUGCUCUUCACGGCCUACGGAGGGCUGCAGAAUCUGCAGAGCAGCCUCAACAGUGAGGCCGGCCUGGGCGUGACGGCCCUCAGCACCCUCUAUGGCACCAUCCUGCUGUCCUCCAUGUUCCUCCCCCCACUCCUCAUCAAGAAAUUCGGCUGCAAAUGGACCAUCACUGGCUCCAUGUGCUGCUACGUGGCCUUCUCCCUGGGAAACUUCCACGCCAGCUGGUACACUUUGAUCCCCACCUCCAUCCUCCUGGGGCUGGGAGGUGCCCCCCUCUGGUCAGCCCAGUGCACCUACAUCACCAUCCUGGGAAACGUGCAUGCCGAGAAGGCAGGGAAAGCCGGCAAGGACGUGGUGAACCAGUACUUCGGCAUCUUCUUUCUCUUAUUCCAGUCAUCCGGUGUGUGGGGCAAUCUGAUUUCCUCUCUGGUAUUUGGCCAGACUCCCACUCGAGGGUUCCUUCCGGAUGAGGAGCUCCAGCAUUGUGGGGCCAGUGACUGCCUGAUGGCCACCGAGCCCACCAACAGCACCCAGCGCCCAUCCCAGGAGCUCAUUUACACCCUGGUAGGCAUCUACACAGGAUGCGGCAUGCUGGCAGUCUUGCUGGUAGCGCUUUUUCUGGAACCAAUUCGAGAUUCCCAGCAGAAAAGUGAAGGAGAGAAGAAAUCACCAUUAUGGUCCAACUUACUGGCGACUUUCAAGCUCCUGGGAGACAAGCGUCUCCGCCUUCUGAUUCUGCUGCCCAUGUUCAGUGGCUUCGAGCAGGGAUUCCUGGCUGGAGACUACACCAAGUCCUACGUCACCUGUGCCCUGGGCAUCCAUUUCGUGGGCUACGUGAUGAUCUGCUUCUCGGCCACCAAUGCGCUGUGCUCCCUGCUGUACGGGAAGCUGUCCCAGUACACCGGGCGGAUCGCCAUCUACGUGCUGGGUGCGCUGACCCACUUCUGCUCCAUUGCUGCCCUCCUGCUGUGGAAACCAUACCCCGACCAGCUGGCAGUGUUCUUCGUCUUCUCUGCCCUCUGGGGCGUGGCGGACGCCGUGUGGCAGACACAGAACAACGCUCUUUACGGCACUCUGUUUGAGAAGAACAAGGAGGCUGCCUUUGCGAAUUACCGCCUGUGGGAGGCACUGGGGUUUGUCAUUGCAUUUGGAUACAGCACAUAUUUAUGUGUCUACACCAAACUCUACAUCCUGCUAGGAAUACUGAUUGUGACCAUGGUGGCUUACGGAACUGUUGAGUGUCUGGAGUUCAAGACCCAGAUCAAGCCACUUGCUAAAGAGCAGACAAAUCAAGCACAGGAAGAAGAAGAAAUGCAAACAAAAAUGUGACAGCAACAACUGUCGUGGCAGAUGAACUAAGAAAAUAUCAGCAAGAGUAUUUUAUUUGAAGAUGUCUCAGAGAAUACAGGUGAUUCUUCACUAUUCAGCAAUAUUUUGCCAUUCUGAAGACCUUAUGUAAUUUCAUUGUCCAUGUGAUAUUUUUUUCUAUUAUAACAAAUUAUCAGUCCACUGUAUUGUCCAUAGAGAUUAAAGGUAUGUAUGCAGGUAUCAAUUAGUUUAAUCUCAGAUAUGAGCUUUUACAAGGGAAAGAAACUCAGGGUGAAAUCAGCCAAUUAGAACUUGCUUAGAAUUGUAGAAUUAUACUUGUUUCUGUUGUUGUUAUUAUUGUUGCUAUUUUUAAGAAGUGAAAUACUGCUUAAAAUAAUGUAGUUUAACACCAUAAUUUUACAGAUGAAUAAACUGAU